UUAACAUUUAUGUGUCAAUAUUUUACCAUUAAAGUGAUUCAAAAAUUUUGUUUUGGUCAUGCAUAUGGCUGAAAGCGGCGCGCUAGCCGUAGCCAGUUAGGAGCCACCAGUCUACAUGAAUCAGACUGUCGUUUCUCGUUCUCAUAUGUGUUACGAUGGCUUUAGGAACGAAUUCGUCGACAUAAAUGUAUGACGGCGGCAAACAUCAUGGGUAACUGUCUGAAACGAUCCACAGCCGAUGAUAUUUCAUUGCUGAGGGGCAGCGAUAAUGUCAGGGAGUCGUCGUCGGAUCAAUUGGGACCCCCAACAUACCAGGAAUCUCUUCCAAUACAAGUAGCAUCACCCGUAUUCCACCCAUCACCAAGCGUAACCCGUUCCGUAACCCAGCUAACCGAGGAGGAACAAGUGAAAAUAGCAAAACGCAUCGGCCUGAUACAACACCUGCCCACCGGCACCUACGACGGCUGCAAGAAGGCACGCGAAUGCGUCAUAUGCAUGGGCGAGUUCCUCGUCGGCGACUCCCUGAGAUAUCUACCCUGCAUGCACACCUACCACAUGUCUUGCAUCGACGACUGGCUCAUGAGGAGUCUCACCUGUCCCAGUUGCAUGGAACCGGUGGACGCGGCAUUGCUGACGAGCUACGAAACCAACUGAGUUUUAUUUAUCGGCCAGUGCCUUGCAAACAAAUAAAUAAGAAAAAAAAAAUUAAAUGACGUGAAUACACACUGUGAUCUGGGAACUGAGGAAACAACUUGAAAUUGUGGGGGCUUGAAUGGUGUGCGAAUGGUGUGGCUGUGAUUUCCACUGUUGCAUGGGGAAUAAUUUUGGGCAAAACCAACUUAAGUUGUAACUUAGUGGGUCGGAUACUCGGCCGGGCAUUUAUUUAUAUAUGUAUUUUUUUAAAUCGUUUUUAUGGUACGUUGCAAGUCGCAUAAGUCGUCUUGUACUGUGCUAGUUUUCGAUAUAGUACGGACAACUAAUGCCACCUGCGUCGCGCACUCACAUUUGUUUUUUGCUGUAUGACCCGAAUUUGUCGCUUCGUGUCAUGCCGUAAGCACAUUUGUCUGAAGUGCUGCUGGUCCCGAAUUCUAACACGUAUCUGGGCUGUAGAUUAAGCGAACCACAGCACGGAUUGCUGUUUGAAUUCGUGUCGAGAAAAUAUCCCGCUUCUGCUUAUAAUGUUGCCUCAAUCGUGCCUUAGCACUGUGGUGCUAGGGACAAGUUAUUGUGACAUUAUAAUCGGACAUUGGCGAGGUGCGUUUCGAUACUUCGCUCACAGUACUUGGUGUACCUUGUUCUUCUUCACUAAUACACCUUGACCCUGAGCGAAAUUUAGGAACUUUGUUAGUUAUUCCAACGUCCGAUAUGUUUUCGAACAUAUGUCGAGUUCGGUGUCUGGCCCAAUAGGUUGAAAUUUAAGUCCAUUAAUUUAUAUCAAUGCUCAUCAUUAUUUCUGAGCAACGUCAUGUAUUUAACUAAGUUAACGUAGUAAUUAUAUAUUAAGGGGUAAAACAAAAUAUACCGAUCAACACAACAGUACAGUUCUUAUCAGAUGGCGCCCAUCUAAGCAAUACGCAAAAAAAUCUAAAACAACAGCACAAAUCAGCUUUAAAAUCGUAGUGCCUUAAUUUUACAAUUUCUGAGAUGUCUCAAAAAAACCGUUGUGAAUUUAUGUUGGAAUUGUAUAACUUGGUAGAUUUUCUUACUGUAACUGUGUAGCAUUAGCCUUGUAAUUGAACUAAUGUGUUCGUGAUAGUUGUGUUUACGGUGGGCCACGUAUUUUUUACACGUGAGAGACCGCAAUAUGUAAUUAGCGCCAUCUAAAGAGGGACGAACGUCGUCCUGGGGGAGUGUUGGGUGGGAUUGUGUUCUUCUGUAUAGAGUUGUUCUUCCACCACACAUAAUCAAUUUUUAUAGACGUCAUAUUUAUCUACUUAAGUCUGAUUGUUUUUACCUUAAUUUAUAAUUACUCAUCUUUAUGUUUUAGUCAUUUUUUUAUUAAACUUUUAUCUUUCCAACUAGUGGAGUUCUGAUCAAUUCGAAUCGACGUAAAAUACCAAUUCUAACAUACGUAAGUAACAUUCCUUUAAAUCGUAAGAUCAGACGUCCACCAUUUGGGAACUAAAAGACGUCCAGUUAGUUUCGUAUUCAUUUUGAAACAGUGAUAUAUUAGCUUAUUAAAGUGCAACAUAUUUUAUACUUGCAUAUUAGGCAUUUUUUAUUUUGUAAAUCCGAUGCUAGUUAUUUUAUUCAACUGACAAAUAUUUGUACAGGAAUGCACUGGCCUGGUAAAGGUGUUGUAUCAUGUCCAGUUAUAAUUAUUGGUAGCUUUCCAGGCCAGUCCGUCCCUGUUUAUGUUUAUUAAUUAUGCUAUAUGAUAAAGUGAUAAUUAUAUGUAUCCUUAUUUUGUGUGCUUAUAUUUUAUUGUAAUGUUAAGGUGUUCUGUUAAUGUAUAAUUUCAGAUAAUAGUAGUAAAAUGUUAGUCAAAAAAUUAUAUAUUGUUUAUAAAUAUCUUGUUCUUUAUAAUAAUAUCGACAAAAUGACCAA